AAUUUAACAUCGCCCUGGCAAGGUUUUCAUCACUCCUUUCUUCCCCUUCCCGCAAAUUCCGAUUUGCACUCAUUCCGGCUGCAGAGCAGAACAAUGGCUCCCAAGUUAUCGAAUUUCAUGCAGUUUUACGGCUACGAUCUGUUAUUGGGAUCAAUAGCUGCCUUCUACGUUUUCAUGGUGCCUUAUACGAAAGUUGAAGAAAGCUUCAAUAUUCAGGCAAUGCAUGAUAUUUUAUAUCAUCGGCAUCAUAUAGAGAAGUACGAUCAUUUGGAAUUUCCAGGAGUGGUUCCUCGCACAUUUAUGGGUGCCUUGCCUGUAUCGGUUUUGGCAUUUCCAUUUGCACUAGUAACAACUUUACUACACUUGCCAAAGAUUUACAGUCUUUAUGCAGUUCGUUUGGUGUUGGGUUGCAUCAUCUUGUCUACACUGCGUUUUUUCCGCAUUCAGAUUAAGAAGAAGUUUGGGUCUCAAGUUGAAGCUUUCUUUGUAAUAUUGACUGCGAUUCAAUUUCACAUGCUGUUCUACUGUACCCGGCCACUUCCUAACAUACUGGCGUUUGGCUUAGUUAACUUGGCAUAUGGGUUCUGGUUUAAGGGAAGCUUUUAUGCAGCAUUAAAGUGUUUGAUUUUCGCUACAGUCAUCUUCAGAUGUGACAUCCUGUUACUUAUUUCUCCUCUGGGUCUGGAGCUAUUGCUGUCUAGGUCAAUUUCCUUUUGGAAGGCACUGAAAUCCUGCAUUAUAACUGCUUUACUUUGCGUAGGCCUUACCAUGCUUGUCGAUUCUGUUAUGUGGAGGAAGCUGUUGUGGCCUGAACUGGAAGUUUUUUGGUUCAACUCGGUUUUGAAUCGAAGUUCUGAAUGGGGUUCACAUCCUUAUUAUUGGUAUUUCACAUCAGCACUUCCUCGUUCCUUGCUGGCUGCAUAUCCACUUUUUAUGCUAGGGAUUCUACUAGACAGAAGGGUUCUGGUCUACAUCUUUCCAGUUUUAUCAUUUAUUUUACUUUAUUCAAAGCUUCCACACAAGGAACUUCGCUUUAUUAUUAGUUCUCUUCCUAUCUUCAAUUUAUCGGCUGCAAUUGCUGCAAGCAGAAUCUACAACAAUCGCAAGAAAAGAUUCUGGAAAUAUCUUAAUGUUGCCAUGCUGGGGUCAUUCCUUUUCAGUCUAGGGUGCACGAUCUUGACAUUCAUGGCAUCGUAUGAGAACUAUCCUAGUGGUUAUGCCCUAAAAGCUUUGCAUAAUAUAGGGCAUUUGAGAAAUAAUUCAAAUGAAUUGUGGGUUCAUAUUGACACCUUCUCGGCAAUCAAUGGAAUCUCUCGCUUCUGUGAAAAUUAUGAUCCAUGGAGGUAUUCUAAAGAAGAAGGGAUUCCUCUGGGAGAAUUUCAAAAUCAGAAUUUCACAUACCUUUUGAGCGAAUCUUCUGAUAUCAGUGGAUACAAGUGUCUAUUUAGUACGAAGGGAUUCUCCAGGGCUCAUCUUCGUGUUGGAUUUCCUCCCAUAUCACUGGUUAAGGACCCGAAGGUAUAUGUCCAUGGAAAUGUUAAAAAUAAUGAAAUAAUCCACAGAAGCUGGCCGGGUUGCUAAUUACUAUGGGAAGAGAUCUAUAUCUCAUCUGAAGUUGUGGCAUUCUUGAAACUGCAUGUUGCUGGACUCGUAGGGGCAUAAACCAAUGGAAUACUUCUAUCUUUGAGAUUGAUUAUCCUUUAGAGCUUUACAGAAGCAAUAUUUUCCUACAUUUGACACUGAAUAUAGCUCGAGAACUAUACAGAAAUCGUGCACAUUUGAGCUUUUGCAUUCUAUACCUUCAGAAACAUUUGAAAAUUAUGCUCUGCUUGUAACACGGCACUUUGUGUUGAGAAUGCACCUAAACUAGGGGACAAAAUAGUUAGGUCACCUUGGCCGAUAUACAAUCUUAUAGCAAGUGAGGCUAUCGUUGGACAAUUUUCCUGUUCUAUAAUUUGUAACACCAUGUACUAUCUAUAUCGUCCACAGGUGUAAUUUUUGAUUUGGUGGUA